AUGCGCUGGAUCCUCUGUUGCCCGCCGAACAAAACACAGGCAGAUCCCACCCUGGAGCCCAUUGCGCGACCCGUCAAUCAACAACCAAAGAUGCGGAAACAGAAUCCAGCUAAGGGGGACAAACCCAGCUAUGACAACACGGUGGAGUUGACGGCCAAGGCAAAACAUCGAGAGUUGUCGCCGAGCGCGGCACGUCGUGAGGCUCAGAGUGAGAUUACGCCUUGGGAGUUGGAUACUUGA